AGAAAUCAACUUUAUUUUCAAAUAUUUAUGUGAAUAUUACUUAUACACGAUUUUAAAUCAUUUAACAAUUCACUGAAAGAGAAGUCAGUACAAAAAUUUGGUUAAAAUAUAGUAAAUUGUUUAAGUAAUACAGUACACGUGAAGACAUGGAUGAUUUGGUACGUAAACUUCAGACCCUUGACGUGGGUGAUCACCGGAGAGAAACUGUGGACAAACCAAAACUACCGAAAGGCAAACGGACGGCCUAUAUCUUCUUCAGACAACAAUACGGCGCUGUCCUCAAUGGCAAACGAGAAAAGCACGAGAAGUUGGGUCUGGGACAGUUGUCCAAAUUAUGUUCCCAACGCUGGAAGGAAGUGAGCGCCAAAGAGAAGGAAAAGUAUACAAAACUUGCGAACGAAGACCUCAAUCGUUAUCAUAAAGAAACGCAAGAAUACGAGAAACAGAAGAAAGCUUACGACAAAUAUAUCGAUGAGAUGAGCGAUUGUGGACUUCUUAAGACACUGGCAGAUAAGGAACAGUUGGAUGAUAAACGAUUAGAUUUCGAUGAAUUGGUCGAAGAGGAGGAAGAAGAGAAGAGUGAGUCGAGUGGAUCUGAAUCGGAAAAGAGCGGGGAAUCAGAUGUCAAGCAUUUUAACGACGAUAUACUCACUGAAGAGACCGAUUCCGAUGACAACCGAAAAGUGGUUCAAAAAGUGCCCAAAAAGAAAGUCCUGACGAAGAAGGCGGCGGAGAAAGAGGUGAACAAAAAUGGUCGACAAAGAGGUGCCCGGAAGUGA